UCCCUGCGGUGCCUGGGGCUGUUCCCCAAAUCUCUCUCCCAGAGCACUGCGUGAGCUCCAAACCUCCCCUUCCUGCACCCCCAGGCAGGGCUUGGAGCCCGCAGCUGGGCCCGCGGGGGCUCUGAUCGCUGGGGGGGGCCUGCACCACCCCAGUGCUGGGGUGGAGCCGUUGCGGGGCACUGGCAGGGCUCGAUAACGCCGGCGAUAUGUGAUCUCGCCCCUCCCCGCCGCCGGCUCGCAGAAUAAAACGCUGAUCUCAUGCCCUGCGCGGCCGGAGCCCUUGGCUCAGCACCGGGGCACAGCCCAGGCAGGCUCCGCAGCCCCACCAGCGGCCAGGCCGCCCCUCAGCCCCCAGCCAUGACGUCCUACCGGCAGGAGCUGGAGAAGUACCGGGACAUCGACGAGGACAAGAUCCUGCAGGAGCUGUCGGCCGAGGAGCUGGAGCAGCUGGACAUGGAGCUGCUGGAGAUGGACCCUGAGAACGUGCUGCUGCCGGCGGGGCUGCGGCAGCGGGACCAGACGCAGAAGAGCCCGACGGGGCCGCUGGAUCGCGAGGCGCUGCUGCAGCACCUGGAGAAACAGGCGCUGGAGGCCGGCGAGCGCGAGGACCUGGUGCCCUUCACCGGCGAGAAGAAAGGGAAACCGUUCGUGCCCAAGAACCCCAAGCGGGAGAUCCCCCGCGAGGAGCAGAUCACGCUGGAGCCAGAGCUGGAGGAGGCGCUGGCCAACGCCACCGAGGCCGAGAUGUGUGACAUCGCAGCCAUCCUGGGCAUGUACACGCUGAUGAGCAACAAGCAGUACUACGACGCGAUCUGCAGCGGGACCAUCUCCAACACCGAGGGCAUCAACAGCGUGGUGAAGCCCGACACGUACAAGCCGGUGCCGGACGAGCCCCCAAACCCCACCAACGUGGAGGAGACGCUGCGGCAGAUCCAGGCCAACGACGGGGCGCUGGAGGACGUCAACCUCAACAACAUCAAGGACAUUCCCAUCUCCACGCUGAAGGCCAUCUGCGAGGCCAUGAAAACCAACACCCACGUCAAGAAGCUCAGCCUGGUGGCAACCCGCAGCAACGACCCCGUGGCCACCGCGGUGGCCGAGAUGCUGACGGAGAACAAGACGCUGCAGAGCCUCAACAUCGAGUCCAACUUCAUCACCAGCGCCGGCAUGAUGAGCAUCAUCAAGGCCAUGUACCAGAACAGCACCCUGAGCGAGCUCAAGGUGGACAACCAGUGCCAGCGGCUGGGUGACACGGUGGAGAUGGAGAUGGCGACGAUGCUGGAGCAGUGCCCCUCCGUGGUGCGCUUCGGGUACCACUUCACACAGCAGGGCCCCCGCGCCCGCGCCGCCAUCGCCAUCACCCGCAACAACGAGCUCCGUCGCAAGCAGAAGAAAACCUGAGCGCUUCCCAGCACAGCCCUGCAGACCCCGGUGCUCAGCUCGCCCUCGAGCUGCGCUUUGGGCUCCCCAGGGCUGGGUCAGCUGUAAAUAAAGGUUACAGAGACACC